CGAACUGAACGAGCCAUAUCCCAGAAAAAGCAGCUACCGCUUCCAUUCCGUGGUUUUGGAAUCGCCAUUUCCAAAGUUCUCUUUAUCUCUUCGAUCGAUCCUCAGCUAUGGCCACCACUACGACGGCGCAGCAGAAUCCAGAUAACCAUAUGAAAACUCUAGAUGAGCCGUCAGAUCCCAAGCCAUCGGCUGAAAGCGUAUCUCCUCCCGAUUCCGCACCCGACUCGCCGAAAUCACCACCAACCGAUGGUGCCAAAGAGGAAAUCAAGGCGGCGGGAGGAGAUGACAGUUGUCAGGGUAAUGAUAUUCAGAAGAAGAUGAAACGAGCGGAGCGGUUCGGAAUGCCUGUUAAGUUAUCCGAAGAAGAGAAGCGAAGUUCCCGAGCUGAGAGGUUUGGCACUGGAUCACCAGUUCAAGGGUCAGAUGCUUUAAAGAAAUCCGAGGAGCAUAAGAGGCAGGCUAGGGCCGAGAGGUUUGGGAUUGUGAAAUCUGACACAACUGAUGAGGAGGCUAAGAAGAAGAAGGCUAGGUUGACAAGGUUUGCGCUUCCAGGGAAGGCUGAUCCAGUGGAGGAAGAUAAAAGGAAAGCUAGGGCUCUCAGGUUUUCACAACCCCAGCCUGGUUCACAACCACAAGCAAAUGGCAAAGGAAAUAUUGAGCAGGAAGCUGUUGCUGCGGACAAGGCUGGAGAACCUGAAUGAUUCCAAACUUCAUUAACGAGUUGGUGGGCUUGGAUACUAAAGUUUUUGACCUUUCUUUAGCUUAUAUAAAUUUUGGCUUUCGAUUACUGCACAAAAGGCUUUUCUGGUCUUCCUAAAAUAGCAUACUAUGUGUUUCUGGAGAGCACUAGGAUAAUUGACAACCACCUCCUUGGCAUCAAACUACCGGAAAUGACCCAUGAUCAAUAUUAAAAAUGAUGAAACUACGACCAAAGUAUCCUUGGAAGGGUUUGAUUUGACGACUUCAUCUUCAAUCUCUCAGUUAUUAAUCUGCAAUAUGUGUCACAUUUAUAUUGUAGUGCAUUGCCCUUAAACAUAGUAAAAAUAUAGACUCCUGUUGCAUGUCAAGGAUCAACCAAUGCUAGAUUUUUUGUUUCGACUUAUCCAAGUGGUUCAUAGUAGAUAAGAGAUUGCUUGAUGUUAAAACUUAAAUGUUCCCCAUGGUUAGAAGUUUUCAUUGAUUUGGCUAUUUAAUAUAACCUUAUUGACCCUUCAUAACUCUAAUAGCUGAAGUGGGAUGUGUAGUGCAUGUUGUGUUCUCUAGCAGAUAAGCAUUUGUCGUGCUUUUAAAGAUCCAAGAAAUCUGUACUUCUCUUUGAUGCAUCAUAUCGUUUGGCCAUGCUAAAUUUGAUCUUCUUGUUGGGUUCUUCAUAGUUAGAAAGGUAAGACUAGUUAUAUCUGUUGCAAUAUAUAUUUGCUACGUGCUAGUGCAUCUCAAAUGGUUGUGAAACUUGUUUGCACACACUGCUGGAGUUAUAUGAUGGUCAAAGUCGUCAAAUCCACAUUCCUUCAAACUGGUUCUUUUUUGCUGUUUUCUAUGAAAGGUUCAAUUGUUUAAGAGCUUUCCAAGUUUUCUUAAAAUCUUGAUGUGGGUCAUUUCGGACAGAUUGACACGAACGAGGUGUUGUUCAAUUACCUAGUAUCUCCAGGUAAAUCUUGUAGGCUGCAGUCGAUGGCUGUGUAGAAGUAGGUUUUAAUGUAUUACGAAGACAUCUAGUUAUAUGUUUGUUCUUCUUGUUAUGUUAAUUGUAAACAGCAAUGUUAAUUUAGCUGUGUUUCUAGUC